AUAUUUUUCCUCUAGGCUUUCGGUCCACUUCGCUUUCUAUUUUCCCCCCCUCUCUCGUCCCUGACAAUCCCUCUCCUCUCACAACUCCGAGCUCCCGCGCAUUUCCCAUAAAAAUCAAACCGACUCUACUCUACUCUAUCUCAUCAAUCAACUCAGGAGAGUCAGUGAUCGUGACCGAGGAAAUUGUUUUUAGAGUUUAUAGGUCUCACUGUAUAAUAUCAAUCGGUUUGACUUGAUUUUUUUUUUUAACACAGUGAAAAUGGAUAUUGACUCUAAGCUCGAUAAAUUUGAUGUUAAGUCUGGGGAUGAGGGCUCAUCAUCAAUGCAAGUGGAUUCCAAGGGAACUGCUGAAGAAAAGGAUGAAUUAACUGACUCAAUGAAUAAAUUGAAUGUGGAAGCAUCGUCAUCUGGGCAGGCGGGACAUUCAUUCAGAAGAAAACCAGUUAUCAUCAUCGUUGUUGGAAUGGCAGGGAGUGGAAAAACAACUUUUCUUCACAGGUUGGUUUGCCACACACAAGCUUCAAGGAUUCGUGGUUAUGUGCUCAACCUUGAUCCUGCUGUGAUGACUCUCCCCUAUGGUGCAAAUAUUGAUAUAAGGGACACCGUUAAGUACAAGGAAGUGAUGAAGCAGUUUAAUCUUGGACCAAAUGGCGGAAUCCUGACAUCUCUCAACUUGUUUGCAACAAAAUUUGACGAGGUCAUUCAAGUCAUUGAGAACCGAGCAGAUCAGCUUGAUUAUGUUCUUGUGGAUACGCCUGGUCAAAUUGAAAUAUUCACUUGGUCUGCUUCUGGAGCUAUCAUCACAGAAGCUUUUGCUUCAACCUUUCCAACUGUGGUUGCUUAUGUAGUUGACACGCCUCGUUCCUCAAGUCCAGUAACUUUCAUGAGCAAUAUGCUUUAUGCUUGCAGCAUACUCUACAAGACACGGUUGCCUCUUGUGUUAGCGUUCAACAAAACUGAUGUGGCUCAACACCAAUUUGCUUUAGAGUGGAUGGAAGAUUUUGAAGCCUUUCAAGCAGCAAUGAGGUCAGAUGAUUCAUACAUGUCUACUUUUUCUCAAAGCCUUUCCCUUGUGCUCGAUGAAUUCUACAAAAAUUUGAGAUCAGUUGGGGUCUCUGCUGUUUCUGGAGCUGGAAUGGAUGCCUUCUUUAAGGCUAUCGAAGCCAGUGCUGAGGAGUAUAUGGAAACCUACAAGUCUGAUCUUGAUAAGAGACGGGCAGAGAAGCAACAAAUGGAGGAAGAGCAGCGAAAACACAACAUGGAAAAGCUGAGGAGGGACAUGGAACAAUCAGGGGGACAGUCUGUUGUUUUGAGCACUGAUUUGAAGGAUAAAGGUCAGAAUGAUAACAUGGUUGAGGAGGAUGAGGACAUUGAAGAUGAUGAUUUUGAGACGUUUACUGACAAGGAAGAUGUUAUAGACGAGGAUGAAGAUGAAGAGGUGGGCAGUUUCUCCUUCUAGUGCUAAGGUUUUGCUAGCACAAGUUGGUUUAUGGGUAGGACUUUUUACAGGACUUCUAGGAAUUGGAUGCCAAGUACUCGUUUGAGAAUCACCAAUUUGGUUGUGGCUGUGGCUUAUAAGUGUUUGGUAAUGGUUUAAAAGCUAAUAUCACAACCCCUUUCAUGUGUUAUUUUCAGAAGCUACAAUUUGUAGCUUUUCAAAAGUCACAUCCACUGUUAUUUUCGGAAGCUACAAUUUGUAGCUUUUCAAAAGCCACAUCCACUGCCCCGGCUUUCCCAAAUGGACUUAUGUUAGAUGACAUCUCUUGUGUUUUCCACGGGUAUUCUUCCCUAAAGUUGACUUCACGUAUGCGCAUGUGUUUCGAAUCAGCCAUCUGCAUCGUUGACUGCAAACUUGUUUUGACAGGUUUAAGAAAUGGUGAACGGUACUUCUGUCCAACCCCACCAUCGUUUUUCUCAGUCCUGUGCUCUCAUUGAUCCUUGUACGCAGGAGAUGGGCUGUUGCCAUACGGCCGAUUUUGUAAUUCUGUAGCAUUUGAACUCGUUAUGCCUUCUAUAUAAUGUCAAAUGCAUGGAUGGUUAGCAUGUACAGAUCUCUUCCUUGGAUUUAUAGGAACCUACAUGGACUGCCCACCAAGUUAUUUGUUUGAUAUCCUAGCUGGCUUUAGUUGUGUACUCAGGAAUCAGGAUGCUUCUUGUCCUAAGCGCCAGGCAUCUGGUUACCUAUGCGGAUCUCCUGUGCUCCUGUGCAUGUUUUUGCGCUAUUGUUACAUAAAGAUUCUGCUCGCUAGUUUGAUUGUGUAAA